AUUCCAAGAUGGCGGGCGUCUUGUUCGAAGAUAUUUUUGACGUUAAAGACAUCGAUCCAGAUGGGAAAAAGUUUGAUAGAGUUUCAAGACUUCACUGUGAGAGUGAGAGCUUCAAGAUGGAUCUAAUUUUAGACAUCAAYAGCCAAAUUUACCCCGUAGAACUUGGGGACAAGUUUCGAUUGGUUUUGGCCAGCACUUUGAAGGAAGAUGGCACCCCUGAUGAUGGUGAAUUCACGCCAACAGAUUCUGUCCCUUCAAGAGCAGAUCAGUUUGAGUAUGUUAUGUAUGGAAAGGUUUAUAGAAUUGAAGGAGAUGAAGGACCAGAACCGGCUACAAGAUUGGCUGCUUACGUUUCAUAUGGAGGUUUAUUAAUGAGAUUACAAGGUGAUGCUAAUAAUCUGCAUGGAAUAGAAGCUGAUGAUCAUCUUUAUUUAUUAAUGAAAAAACUAGCAUUUUAGUAGAGAACUUCUUAUCRCAAAAAUAUUUAAUGUAAAUGCAGUGUUUAACCCUUUUAUACUCAAAAACAAAAAACUUAAUACUAAAAAUGUUCACUYAUACAGCAUGCAGAAAGCAAUAAAAACAAAAUAGAAGAGUUAAGAGAAGCACUUCUUGAUUGCUUUCAACACUAAUAGCUGUUAGUAUUAUCGAAAAGAGCAUGAGGGAAACUGUUUAUUCUUUUGUUACAUACAUAGAAAGAAUUAUAGUAUUGUAGUUUUCAACAAUGUUUCCUCAUGUUUUUUGCAAAGCUAGCUUCACACCCACUAAUGACAUCAGCACCGUGCUGCAUUUGCCGAAACAGCACAGUGCUUGACCAAUCAGUGUGUUUUAUGAGGUAUACAUACCAUAGUAAAGUAGUAGUAUACCAUAGUACAGUAUUAGUGUCACAAUGCCUUAGUUUGUACUAAUAUUGUCAGUAAUGAUAGUCAUUCAGUAUAAAUUGCUCAUAUUGCUUCAUUGUUAGUCAUGCCUUAUUCUUGGUUCACAAAUAUUACCAAGACAGGGAUAUCAACUUAAUUAGUUAGUCUAGUUGCAGAUGACUGUAAGCAAGUACCAGAUAUGCACAUAAUGAAUAAACUGCCAAUAUAUUGGUAAAGUGGGCCACAGGCAUCCCCUCAAAGUGCCAAUGAAAAGGGACACAUAAUCUUCUAAUUUCCAAUUUGAUCAUGGAACAAAAAAUAGGUUUGUUAGUCACUGGCUAUUUAAAGUGUGACCCUCAUAAAACCAGGACUAUUUACUUAUUUUGUUCUACUUAAAAAACUGAAAAAUCAGAUUAAGUUCCUGGAGUUCAGUUCAGCAGACAAAUAGUAUUUGUACAAUAAUGGUAAAAUGAUGUGUGCGAUGUCAAUUUGUGAUAUAUAUUGUAAUAUAGCCCGGAAAUUAAACGUGCAACGUAACAAUACAUUGUGUAAUAAAAAGCUGCAUGAUU